CGAAAACUGGAUGACAUCAGCCAGCGCCCAGAGGAUAUAUAAGCCAGCCAGCGCCCCCCCAGCAGAGAACUGCCCACUCGAUAGCAAUCCACAACAACAACAACUCACCAAAAACACGAAACACAGAAUGGCUUCAGCUCGAUCGAUCAACCUCUUGCGAUCCUCAGCAAAGCAAUUUCUGCCCAUACAACGACUCCCCCGGGCUACUCAUGGGCUCCGAUCAUCCUUCUACUACUCCACCGCCCCGGCCGGAGCGAACCCCUCAUCAUCAUCCUCACAAGCACCACCCCCUCCGCAAGGGGAACCGAAGUCGUCCAAGACCCCGUUGAUUGCCGGCCUCGCGCUCGGUGGAGUCGGACUGGCCUAUUACUUCUACGCCCUCGACUCGGACUCGGAUCUCCAGAAGAGAUACACCACCCCCAAGGCCGCUAACAGUAACCUUAACUUCCAGGCCGUCUAUAACGAUAUCGCCGCCAUCCUCGAGGAUAGUAGCUACGACGACGGAUCCUAUGCGCCCGUCCUCGUCCGUCUCGCUUGGCAUGCCUCCGGCACUUACGAUAAAGAGUCCAAGACGGGCGGCAGUAACGGAGCCACGAUGCGAUUUGCGCCUGAAAGUAACCAUGGAGCCAAUGCAGGUCUGGGGGUAGCCCGAGAGAAGCUCGAGCCGAUCUACAAGAAGUAUGCGCGCUCGGGGCUGACGUAUUCGGAUCUCUGGACACUUGCGGGGGUGGCGGCGAUCCAGGAGAUCGGCGGGCCCAAGAUCCCGUGGCGUCCGGGACGACAGGACGGGGUUGGGCCCGACAACUGUCCGCCGGAUGGACGAUUGCCCGAUGGUGAUAAGGACCAGGACCAUGUGCGAAAGAUCUUCUACCGCAUGGGGUUCAAUGACCAGGAAAUCGUCGCCCUCCUCGGCGCCCAUGCCCUCGGCAGAUGUCACACAGACCGCUCCGGCUUCGAAGGCCCCUGGACAUUCUCCCCCACCACGUUCUCCAACGACUACUAUCGACUGCUCUUUGACGAGAAAUGGCAGCCUCGUAAAUGGUCCGGGCCGCCCCAAUACGAGGACAAGAAGACUAAGAGUCUCAUGAUGUUGACCACGGACAUGUGCAUCGUCAUGGACAAGAGCUUCCGCAAUUGGGCCAAAAAAUAUGCUACCGAUGAGAAAGUCUUCUUCGACGACUUCUCCAAAGCGUUCUCUAAACUGAUCGAGCUCGGAGUUCCUGAAGAAAACUUCUCUGGCAAAGCGCCGAUGACGUUGAAGACUUUGGAUGAACAAGGCAUCCAAGUCGAUUGAAUAUCAUACCCACCCCCCCUCCUUGCCCAUUUCAUUCAUCCAAAAAAAAAAAAACAAUGAAUGAAUGAGGCUCUGUUUUUUGUUUGUUAUAUUUGAUUCCAUAUAUCUUGUUUGAUGAGAGAACCAUACAUACACGUGACCAGCAAAGAGAAAAAAAAAUAUAUACCUUGUUCUGUUUAUGUAUGAAUUCUGUAAGGUCAUUUUGAUCUUGGCCAGAUCCAUGAGACGAGAUAAGCCAUACUGAUUGACAAGUAUCUGAUAUGAACCUGAUCA